AUGGAAUAUGAAGGUGAUCGAAGGGGGAGAGGGAGAGAUCGUCGCCGGGAAGACUAUGGUUCUGAUGCCGAAACAGUGAAACAAUCCCAUUACUCCAAGUCUCGUGAAGCCACAUCGAAAAGACCAACAGGACGCGCCAAAAGAAAAGACAAUCGAGAGGGACCACCCCUUUCUACAUCUGCUUUUAGUCAUGGUUUCGUCGAGGCGAACACCGCUAGGUCUGAGGCUCCCACCAUUGCGAGUAUUAGUUCAAAGAAUCAUAAAAGCGCCACUGUCGUGGGCGAUGAAGUAUAUGAGAGGGACAUGCGUUACGGCAUAAAUGAUGGGAGAAGUCGCGAAGCAGCUGUUGACAACUUUCGUACAGGAAUGGAGCGAAGACAAGGAUCUCUCCGUAAGGAAGACAGGGAUAGAGUUCUCUCUGAUUGGACUCAAGAAACGGUCGAUCGUGUGAGGGCUGCUCCACCACGAAGUCGAUCUCAGGCUCCAGGUGCAAGAACUCCAUCUCAGGCUCCAAGUGGAAGAACUCAUGCUUCCAGGGCAACAGAGAACACAAUGCACACAAGGGACUCGCGGGAGACAGGGAACACAAGGGAGAGCAGACCCCGAACAAGAGCAGAAAGUGUGGAUCCCUCCAGUAGAACAUCUCAUAGUACGCGAUUGAGAGCAGGAAGUGUGGAUCCCUCCAGUAGAGCAUCUCAUAGUUCGCGAUUGAGAUCAGGAAGCACGGCAGCCCUCGACAGAAAUCCCGUGCAGAGGGGCGCAUCAUUCUCUAUGUCCUCUUCCACGACAAUGAUGAUGAGUGAUGACAAUAAUGGUACAGCAUUAUAUAGUCAGAGACAACACCAAUCAUCUUACCGUUCAUCUGGUAAUGGUAGGAGUUAUUCUGAGAUGGAUCAGACGAUUAGUAUUGGACUUCCUCGCUCUGGCGAUAUUGCCGAUUCCAAAUAUAGGCCCUCGAGAGGCGGCGAGGUACCAAAAAUGGUUGUCGACUAUUCUCAGUCCGGCAUACAACGCAUUCGUCCUGGAGAUACCAUCGGUGGCGAUCCUGCAAGACACCGCCCUCUCAUCAAACCGCUACGUAGAAGGAAUAAGCUGGCUGGGGAUGGGCUUUUUGAUAAUUCUCAGUCGGGCGCUAAAACCAUCACGCCGUCCGAAGCCUCAAGGCUUGAAAGGGAUGCAGCUUCACGCAGUGGAUACACCGAACGCAGUGGACGCCCUGGCGAUUUAAGGUCGAUGUAUUCGGGAAGGGAGUCUCAACGUACAGUACCAUCAAUGGCGCCUUCCAGUAAUUCACGCCAUACCCUAAUUCCACCACCAUCGCUAAACAGCCGUCGCGAGUAUCGAGCUCCUUCUACAACUCUUAGCCAUACGCGUCGCCUGGCAGAAGAUGAAGAUCUUGCUGUUGAGCGUGAUCGCUAUGGCAGAGAAAGAUAUUAA